AUGGCGGUAGCUAAGAGUUUUCAUGUUUUGGUAGUGUUAUUGGCGCUACUAGUAGGAGGCUUGGCGCAGAUCUUUAGUGGUCUAGGCGGUGUCGGCGGUGGCCUAGGUGGUUUCGGCGGUGGCCCUGGUGGUUUCGGCGGUAGUUCAGGAGGUUUCGGCGGUAGCCCAGGAGGAUUUGGUGAAUUUGGAAGAGGCCUACGAGGAUUCGGUGGUGGCCAAAGCGGGUUUGGUGGCGGUCUAGGCGGGUUCGGUGGUUUUGGGGGCUAA